AUGCUCUUGGUCGCUCUCGUGUCUCUGGCCAUUUGGUAUUUAGCCAGUAGUGUUGUCGCAUGGUGGAAGCUGCGAAAGUUUCCCGCGGUAUCCUGGGUUGCUAACUUCUCGUAUCUGUGGUUAGGCAAGACCACAUACAGCGGGCGCCUGUACUGGGUGCACCGUGAGCUCCACCAAGAGCACAAGCUGGUCCGGGUCGGGCCCAACGAGCUCAUCACGGGCGACCCGGACAUCAUCCGCAAGAUCAACAAGGAGCGCAGCGGUUACGACCGCGGCACCUGGUACAAUGGUGGCCGCAUCAACCCGUACUACGACAACAUGUUCUCGACGAAGCAGCCCGCCGCCCACACCAAGUACAGGUCCCGUGUGGGUCACGGCUAUACCGGCCGCGAGAUCCUGGACAUGGAGAUUGGCGUGGACGAGCAGCUUGGCACGCUGCUCAGCGUCAUUAAGGAUAGGUACGCCCAGCUGGGCCGGCAUCUGGAGCUCGCCGAGGUGACCGCCUUCUUCACCAUGGAUGUCAUCACGCGCCUGGCGUUUGGAGAAGCUUUUGGCUACUUGGCCCAGGAGAAGGACCUCUUUGGAUUCUUGGGAAGCCUCCGCGUUCUGUGGCCGAGACCCAGUCCCCGGGACAAGACUGGAUUCGGUGCGCUGAUGGCCGUAGCGGAGCACCAUGUCGGCAAGCGAUUUAGUCCUGAUGCGGAGCAGGUAAUGGACAUGUUGGGUUCCUUCAUCCAUCACGGCCUGAACCAGCAGGAGUGUGAGGUGGAAGGCCUUUUCAUGAUCGUCGCCGGAGCCGAGAGCACCGCAUCGGCCAUCCGCUCUAUCUUAGUCCACACCAUGACCACGCCGCGAGUCUAUGUCAAGCUGAAGGCGGAGAUCAAGACGGCUCUGGACGAGGGCACGGUCAACAGCCCUAUUCAGAUGGACCAGGCGCUGAAGCUACCUUACUUACAAGCCGUUGUCUACGAGGGCCUCCGUAUGCGGCCUCCGGUCCUCGGCCUGCUCCCCAAAGUCGUCCCCGCGGGCGGCGACACGCUAGGUGGGCAGUGGGUGCCUGGCGGAACCAGCAUCUGCUCGAACACGGGGGCCCUGCUGCGGUCACGCUCGCUGUUCGGGCCAGACGCCGACGUGUUCCGGCCCGAGCGGUUCACCGAGCUGGAUGCCACGACGAGCCGUCGCGACAUGGAGCGCAACGUCGAGUUCGCCUUUGGCUCGGGCCAGUGGCAGUGCGUGGGCAGGAGAAUCGCGUUCAUGAAGCUAAGCAAGACUGUCUUUGAGCCCCGCAAUAUCUUCUGGGAUAUCCGUCUCAUAUUCACCACUUGA